ACCCGAGACCCGGGAAGGAGCGAAGUCGGUUUCCCGCCGGCGGGAGCUGUGGUUCUGGCCGUCUGAGGGGUCGGUGCGGUUCAACGCUGCAACACCAUGGCAGACCAGCUUUAUCUGGAAAACAUAGACGAGUUCGUCACAGACCAGAACAAGAUCGUGACAUACAAAUGGCUGAGCUAUACUCUAGGGGUUCAUGUUAAUCAGGCAAAACAGAUGCUGUAUGAUUAUGUUGAAAGGAAACGGAAGGAAAAUUCAGGAGCCCAACUGCAUGUCACUUAUUUGGUGUCUGGCAGUCUUAUUCAGAAUGGACAUUCUUGCCACAAGGUUGCAGUAGUGAGAGAAGAUAAAUUGGAAGCAGUGAAGUCCAAGCUAGCUGUGACUGCCAGCAUCCAUGUGUACAGCAUCCAGAAAGCUAUGCUAAAGGACAGUGGGCCUCUGUUCAAUACCGACUAUGACAUCCUUAAAAGCAACUUGCAGAACUGUAGCAAGUUUAGUGCCAUUCAGUGUGCAGCAGCAGUUCCCAGACCUCCUACAGAAUCUUCCUCUUCCAGAAAGUUUGAGCAGUCAGAUCCUGAGGCAUCCAGUGAGACACAAGUCAAUAAUGAAUUGUCUACCAAUGGUCAUAGCCCACCUGCCUCCAAACAGGUUCCUCAGCAGCCCAAAGGAAUUAUGGGAAUGUUUGCUGCCAAAGCUGCUACUAAAACCCAAGAUCCCAACAAGGAAACCAAAACAGAGGUUAAGGAAGGAACAAAUGUGUCUACAGCAGGCAGCAAAGCACCAGGAAAGGGGAAUGUGAUGAGCAAUUUUUUCGGAAAAGCUGCUAUGAGUAAACUUAAAGUCAAUUUGGAUUCGGAACAAGCAGUGAAAGAAGAAAAAGCAAUGCAGCAGCCUUCAGUGUCUGUCACUGAAGCCAAGUUGGCAGCUCCCACAGGCCUGAAGAAACCCAGCAAAAAAGCAGAACCUGUUAAGAUGCAGCAGAAGGAAAAAAAAUGGGGGAAGCGAGUAGAGUUAUCUGAUGAUGAAAUAAAGGAAACUGAAGGCAUGAAGAAAAAGAGGAGAAGGAUCAAACUUCCUCAGUCUGAUAGCAGUGAAGAUGAAGUCUUCCCAGACUCUCCUGGGGCUUAUGAAGCUGAGUCACUGCCCCCACCUCCUCCUGUAUCUCCACCUCCUGAUCCAGUGCCAAAGACUGAACCUGAGCCUCCUGUCAAGAGUUCAAGUGGAGAAAACAGAAGAAAACGAAAGCGUGUCCUGAAAUCUAAAACCUUUGUGGAUGAAGACAACUGCAUAGUGACUGAAAAAGUCUAUGAGAGUGAAUCUUGCACUGAUAGCGAAGAGGAAAUCAAGAUGAAGACACCCUCUGUGCACAGGCCUCCUGCCAUGACUCUGAAAAAAGAGCCCAAAGAUGAACGGAAGGGGCCCAAGAAAGGGGCUGCUGUGGGCAAAGCUAGCAGACAAGCAUCCAUCACUGGCUUCUUCCAGAGGAAAUGAACUGCCAUCUGUGCCAGUCAGAGACAUGGAGUGGUCAGAGGACAAGACCAAGAAGUAUAAAAUCUCACUUACUGUGUAAGUUCACUUAGUGCCUCGCCUCAUCUGGAUCAAAAGACUGUUCUUCCGUCUUGUGAGGCUUAUUCAUUUCUGGUUUUUAACCAAAAAAAGUCACCAGAAGCAGGAGGCAAAAUAAUAUUUAAAACGUUUUGUUACCUUCUAAAGACUAUUUUUUGUGUGCUUGAACUUUCUUGUGUGUGACUAGGUGCUGUCACUGAGCUUCUCUACCACUUGAGUCACAGCUCUACUUCCGACUUUUUUUUUU